CACGCGUCCUGCUCUCCUGCACGCAUUUAUGCUGUAAAUUAGUCGGAGUCUUAAUUUGUCUUAAUUUGCGACUUCCUCCGUUCGAAGUCCAUAGUGAGGAGGAUGGCUGGCAGGACACUGACCAGCAGUGUGACGAACAGGACUGAUGCCCACUCCCUCCACUCCAGGGUCUUCAUCGGUAACCUCAAUACAGCGGCGGUUGCCAAGGCCGACGUCGAGCGCAUCUUCGCCAAAUACGGCAAGAUCACAGGCUGCUCGGUGCACAAGGGUUUCGCCUUCGUGCAGUAUGCCAGCGAGCGGGACGCGCGCUCCGCCGUGGCUGGGGAGAAUGCCAGGGUCAUCGCUGGACAGCCCUUGGAUAUCAACAUGGCUGGAGAACCCAGACCAUGCCGGCCCAAGCUGGGGCUAAAGAGGCCCCUCUCUGCUUUGUAUAGUGGAUAUGGACUUGACUAUGACUUCUACAGGGAUGAUUUCUAUGGAAGACUGCUGGACUUUCACGGACGGGUGACGGCCCCGCCCCGUGCUGAGGUGCCUGUCAGGCGCUCCCGCCUGCCUGUCCCAUGGAGGCGCAGGAUGAAACAUUCUCUCCCAUCCAAGGGCUCCUCCUGCUCUUCCCCUACAAGGGCGCCGAGCUCCAGCUCCUCCUCCUCUGGCACAAAGGCAAAGUCAGAUCACCUGCUGACAAUCAGGCGGGAGCUAUCGCAGAUCAAGACCAAGAUUGAGUCCUUGCUGGGCCGUCUGGAGAAGAUUGAGAGGCAGCGUUUAACAGAGACAGUCGCAAAUAGGAGAUGUGAGGACAUCCGUCCGCCUCUGCAUAAUGAGAGAGUCCGGCAUUCUGCAAAGAUAGCAGAAGGAUGCCAUCUGGAAGGACAGCACGGUGACUUAAUAGAUAGAGAUGACGGCAGCUAUGAUGAUGAAGGCAACAGUGAACUGAUGGAAAACCACCUAUCUGAUGUGGACAACUAAAAUGACUUCAAUUUCAAGACAUUUAUGUGUGCUGUCCCUGUGCUGUUGUCUUCAGUGAUAGAACAUCAGUACCCUGCAACAAAAUUGAUGGAUUUCAGUUGCCACCAACAUGAAGAAUAAACAUUUCAGAAAGAAAAUGUCUAAAAGAAUGUCAAAAGCAUCUAGACAACUGUCUCUAUUCUUGGCAUUGUUUAAUGAUUUCCAUCUUCAAGAUCAACAUUAUUACUGCCAUCGCAGCCUAGCUAGAACUAAUUUAAUAUUGUCUCGAGCCCCUCAGGAGUUCUUAAGCGUUUAAGCUAUUCCAGAGCCCUUUGCCAGUCAUCACUCCCGAUGUCCUCAGACUGGCCUAAGAGCAAAGACAGAUGCAACGAGAGAUGAGACGAAGCUCCAGAAAACAAACCACUAGAUGUUGGGCUUUGUCAGGGCCUGUAUUUACAAUUGUGCACUUUACCUGCAGUUUGUACAGACAUAAGAUUGAAUGCCUGCCAUGGGUAAUGGUCAUUAAAUUUUGUAACUGAAGAGCUAUCUCACAAGUGUAUGGAUUUAUUUGCCUCUGCAUACAUUUGUAUUUGUUGUAUUGUACUGAAUGGGCACUGUCAUUAUGCCCAUUUAGUUGUGUGCAUUUACAUGUUAUUAAAGUA